UUCCCCCGAGCACGGUGCAAGUGCGGACAUUAUAAUUUUGUUGAGCAUUGCGAGGAGAAACCUGUCAUGUGUUAACGGGCAUUUCUUUCGUCCGUUAUAUUGUUACUAGUGACUGAAUCCGCGCAUCGGCCUUUAUCUUCGCGUCUGAGGAACUGUCAGCGUUUCCAAACACCGUCAGCAGGUGAUUAUGGUGGCCAUGGCGGCGAUGGAGACGACUCAGAGCAGCCCGGCGAUGCAGGGCCGAGCGGUCAGCGUGAGCGUCGACUCCCUGGACGUGGUGGCCUCUUCACACUCCACUAGCGCUCAGGGGGCGGCGGCAUCCACUCCUAGCGGUGCUGCAGACUCGCUGGCAGUCGUCGACCUGGCCGACCAGGACGAAAAAGUCGUCAAAGUGGAGUUGGCCAACUUGUCAGCCGCGACAAGCAAGGAGGAUAUUGAUGACGAGGAUGGAGAAACGGAGGAUGAUCUGGAGACUGUGAAACCGAGAGUGAACGCGUGGGCGGCGAAAAAGACGGUGGCGCAGGGAAUGAUGGACAUUGCGCUGCUCACCUCCAACGCCAACCAACUGCGCUACCUCAUCAUGUACGGCAAGCAGAGCAGCACCUACGUCAUAAGCAUCACGCUCAUUGCCAUCAGCAUCUUACUGCAGGUGGCCGUGGGCGUGGUGCUCAUCUUCAAGGGCAAGUCCGACUUGAAGGGCGAGGAGAAGAAAGCGCACGCCAAUAAACUCAACAACUACGUGGUGGUGGGCGUCUUUCUGGUCACCAUCAUCAACGUGUUCGCAGCGUCCUUCAGCGACGUCUCGCCCGCGCCAGCUUCCCCUUAGUCUUCUAUAGUGUCCACUUAACCUUGUAACGUACACGACAGGCAGUCACGCAAUGCCACCAAUGUCAGCUCCAGACCUUGUUGUACAGUCGUACUUGUGUGCGUGUUAUGUGCCUUAGUGCCUGAGCAAUUUUUUACAUUCCUUAUAAAGAAGCUGUUGUCUUUAUUCUUCGAAAGUGACUGAGAAAAGUGAAACAGUGGUUUAGACAAUGGACUCGUACGUUGGUUGAUUGCGUUUCAAAUCCCGUUAUGGACAUCUUCAUUUAGGUUUCCUGCGAAUGGUGGGAUUAUUGUUUCAAUAGGGGUGUGGCUGAUUGCCUUUCUCAACGUUUCCGACUGAGUUUGUCAUCUUUCUCGAAUGACGGUUACAAGACGUUAGCUCUAGCCCUAGUUUAACAUAAAAUUUACCAUUGUGCGCUGAUCUGGGUUGGUAGAAUUAUCGCCAUUAUUAGACGGUCGUGAGAAUACACACAAAGGCUUGCGGAUGCCAUAAACCAUAUAGUAUUCCCUAUUCUGAACCCAUCAUUUCGUAAGGUUGCAUCUUUGGCUGGGCGUCCCAGUAAGGAACCGGCUGAAAGUUUUCCACACUAAGGAAAUGUAUAUUA